UGGCCAGGGUCCCCACCAGCAUCUGCAGGCACUUAACGCCAAAACGCGUCAACGACGCGUGUGAGCGACGCGCUCAGCCCCUCCCUCUGUUCAAUGCCACACUCAGACACAGAAAUCUUUACCCGCCAUUAUCAUCGCGUCGCAGCCGGAUCGCCGAGCUUUUGAUUGCGAACUCACGGCAAAUUCGCGGCCUACUGUGUUAAACAAGCAUCAUGGACGCUUUUAUGCUCGAAGAUGAAGGCGUGCGGGAUCGCAUUCGCCAGGCGGAAGAAUUCCUAGAUCCAAGCGAUUCUUACGCACGAAGCUACCGCUCAGAUAUUGUUCUGAUGCUGCAGAAAAAUCAGCGUCGUCUGGUGGUGAACCUCGACCACGUCCGAGACCACAACGCCGAACUCGCUCGAGGAGUUCUCAAGCAGCCCUCGGACUACACUGUGGCUUUUGAUCAUGCCUUGAAGAAGAUCGUCGAAACCAUUCCACAAGCACGUCCUGACCAGACUGCGCGCGACACAAUAUACUACUGUGCAUGGGCUGGUAGCUUCGGACUCAAUUCCUGCAAUCCGCGCUCCUUGUCAUCGAAACAUCUCAAUGAUAUGGUUUCCCUCGAGGGCAUUGUGACGCGCUGCUCACUCAUUCGCCCUAAAGUUGUCAGGAGCGUGCAUUACAAUGAGAAGCAGGACAAGUUUCAUUUCCGGGAAUAUCAGGAUCAAACCAUGACAAACGGUGCUACUACUUCGAACGUGUACCCACGGGAGGAUGACGAGGGCAACCCGCUGACAACAGAAUACGGAUUCUGCACAUAUCGUGAUCACCAGACUGUUUCGAUCCAAGAGAUGCCCGAGAGAGCUCCUCCAGGCUUGCUUCCUCGAAGCGUUGAUGUGAUUCUUGACGACGACUUGGUGGAUCGGGUCAAACCGGGCGACAGAGUUCAGCUUGUUGGCAUCUACCGAACCCUUGGCAACAGAAACACAAACCACAACAGCGCACUCUUCAAGACUGUAAUCCUUGCGAACAAUGCCGUGCUCCUUUCUUCAAAAGCUGGGGGCGGUAUUGCUACGGCGGCCAUCACUGAUACGGAUAUUCGCAACAUCAACAAGGUCUCUAAGAAGAAGAAUCUUUUGCAGCUGCUAUCACAGUCUUUGGCGCCUAGCAUCUAUGGGCAUGACUACAUCAAAAUGGCCAUCUUGCUCAUGCUCCUUGGUGGGAUGGAAAAAAACCUAGAGAACGGUACUCACCUCCGUGGUGAUAUCAACAUCUUAAUGGUCGGAGACCCGUCCACAGCCAAAUCACAACUCCUGAGGUUCGUACUGAACACCGCUCCGCUGGCUAUCGCCACCACUGGACGUGGAUCAUCGGGUGUCGGUCUUACUGCAGCUGUUACGUCGGACAAGGAAACAGGCGAGCGACGUCUAGAAGCUGGUGCUAUGGUUAUGGCCGACCGAGGCAUUGUGUGCAUCGACGAAUUUGACAAGAUGUCAGAUGUGGACAGAGUAGCGAUACACGAAGUGAUGGAACAACAGACCGUGACCAUUGCGAAAGCGGGCAUCCACACCUCACUGAAUGCCAGGUGCAGCGUGGUGGCCGCCGCCAACCCGAUAUUUGGGCAGUACGAUCCUCAUAAGGAUCCUCACAAGAACAUCGCCCUACCGGAUUCUCUCUUGUCUCGCUUCGACUUGCUUUUCGUUGUCACAGAUGAUAUCGAGGACACCCGCGAUCGCCAAGUCUCGGAGCAUGUUCUACGGAUGCAUCGCUACCGGCAGGCUGGCACAGAAGAAGGUGCUCCUGUACGGGAACAAGGCACCCAAUCUCUUGGAGUGUCUGCUGCUGAGCAAAGCAACACGCAAAGGCAGACCGAUGUCUUCGAGAAAUACGAUGCAAUGCUUCAUGCCGGCGUCACCGUGACCUCAGGAAGGGGGGCUAACAAGAAGCCUGAGAUCUUGAGUAUGCCUUUCAUGAAGAAAUACAUUCAAUAUGCAAAGACACGCAUUCGUCCGCUUCUCACUCCAGAAGCUUCCGAGCGCAUUGCCGAGAUUUACGUCGGUCUGCGAAACGACGAGAUGGAGGGUAAUCAGAGGCGCACCAGCCCUCUCACUGUUCGAACAUUAGAGACUCUGAUCCGCCUUGCUACGGCUCACGCGAAAUCUCGCUUGUCGCCGAGAGUUGAGGAACGGGACGCGCUAGCUGCUGAGGGGAUUCUGCGCUUCGCACUAUUCAAAGAGGUUCUCGAAGAUCACUCGCGAAGGAAGCGGCGUAGGACCGAGGCCCCUGAGUUCGCUUCAUCUAGUGAAGAAAGCUCUGGAGAUGAUUCAGGUGAAGAGGGCGACGAUAAUGGGACUCAAAGGGGCAGUCGCACUGCAAGAUCCUCGACCAGGGCGACUAGAGCAUCGACUCGCUCAAAAACCAACAGGGCUAGCGACAAUGUGGGAGACACUGGAACUCAUGGCCAUGGGGAAGAUGAGGAUGAUGAUCAUGGGCAUGCCCCUGAUCUUACGCCCCGGCGCUCGACUCGGAGUGGGAGGUCUGCCAAUCCAGCGGAUGAUUCGCAGACGUCGUUUGCCUCCUCGCUGCCGGCAUCACAGGUGCUCGAACCGACACAGAACGAUGAGGCUGACCAAGACCUCGCGAGUGGUGCGGCUGACCUCGCAAUCGACGACACUCCCAUAGAUGCUCCGCGCUUGGCUACAUUCAGGUCUGCUCUUGGUCAGCUAAUGAGCACGAGUCUCUUUGAGGAUGACGCCGCCCAUUUUGACGACGUGCUCAAGGCAGUCAAUGGCAAAGUUCCCAGCCGUGAAAGAUUUGACAAAGCAGAAGCCUCCAAGGCCCUCAAGAAGCUCGAGGAAGCCAAUCACAUUAUGUUUGCGGAUGGCCAGUUCGUGUACAAGAUAUAGAUGGCAUUGGCAGCGUGGAGUGGCGUUUGCGGCGAGCUGGAUUCCCUUGAUGAAUGUGUAGCGACGAAACGUGAG